UGUCGGCAUCAUUUUCUGUAGUUCCCCAGAUGAAAUAACUAAUAUAAUAGGCCUACGCAAAGUUGUACAUGAAUACCAUGACGACGGGCAGACAUAAUUUCAAAACAGAACUGCUUCAGUGUAGUGUGAGGACCACUCGACGUGGAAGCUAUCAUAGGAUCCCAAGUAGUUAAAGUUUCUUUGUUCAGCAAAUCGUGUUGGAGCCCUAAAAAUAUUGAACUCUCUGCAGUUAAGGGAUUCGUAAAGGGAGAAAUGGAUAACGUUUUCAAUCUGAAUGUUGCUGGCGGCUGCGAGUACACCACGACGCGACGUGUUCGAGCCCUAAAGAUACUUGAACUCUCUGCAGCUAAGGGAUUCGUAAAGGGGGAAAUGGAUAACGUUUUCAAUCUGAAUGUUGGCGGCUGCGUGUACACCACGACGCGGUCGACUAUGACUCGCUACCCGGACUCCAUGCUGGCUGCCAUGUUCAGCAGUGAACUCGAACCGUCUGUUCGUGACGCCAACGGGGCCUAUGUCAUGGACAGGGACGGGCCCAUAUUCCGUCACGUACUGAAUUUCCUCAGACAGGGCAAGCUGAUUCUUCCAGAGGACUUCAAGGAGUGGGAGCUGCUGGCUUCAGAGGCCGAUUACUAUCAAAUGGAAGCUUUGGUAGAGGCGGUGAAGGAGGAAAAAAGUCGGAGGGACGCACCAGAAGACGGCAAGGAGAAUUUGGAAUUCAUAGACAUCCAUGCCAGUUUGGGCGUGAGAUACUCGUAUACUGGAAGCAGGAAUACCCUAUUGAGUAUUAGGCCGCUCAUAGAGUUUUUCCGUGCUUACAAUUACACAACAAAUUUUACAAAAGUUGAGCCUGACGUAAAAAUGACCUGCACACUUGCUCCGCCACCAGCUAUUCAAAAUAUCACGACGACAAAUGAUCUAGGAGAUGCCUCUCAUGUGCGGAUCGAUGUACACGUACCUGGUACUGCCAGCGUGACUGAUUUACACGAGGGAUUUAGUAAUCGAAAGCCGGCAAUUUUGCAUUCUUUAAAGAUUCUGGGAUUUCAAAUGAAAACAGAGUUAUACACUUUUUUUCCAGACAACUCAGAUUUUAAGGAACUAAGAUGGACUUUUUCCCGGCGAGUUGAGCCCGGACCUAAGGCCAACAUCCGUUGAAAACAAAGGAAUCGUGGAUUAAUGUACUUCUGUGUUGGUAAGCAGAAUGACACACUGAGAAAGUGAAACCCUUCUUUUUCCUAAGUUUUUUUUUCUACUUUAUCCUGAGAUUAAAAGAAAUGUGACUUGGGUGACACCAUAUAGGCAAAAUUCGUGAUGCGACUUUGAUGUGGGUUUUCUUAAUUUGUCGUUCAUGUUAGACCUCUCUUUACCAUUUAUGGAAAUAGUUACUACAAACAACAAUUAUUAGUCUGCCCAGAGACAUUUGCUGGAUUUCAGUUUUCAGGGGGAUGUUGAGUUAAAUUUGGAUUUGGAUUCGACUCAGCUUUAAAUGGCAUCCACUGCGUUUCAUCUAGAUGGGAAUGACCUGCGGGCAGAUGCCUACACUGCAAAAACUGCAGUGCUAAAUUAACACCAUUGGUAUCUAUAUAGGACCAUCUGGUGUUAAAUUUUACUGGUGUUGUCCUAUAUAGAUACCGAAUUGUGUUAAAUUAACACCACAGUUUUUGCUGUGUAAAAGAUCCCUACAGCCCGUCAAGACCAAACAUGGACUUGUCACGAAAACACUCCCUUUGUGAACUCUUGUUUACUGAAACAGAUGGACUAUCUAAUGACAGAAUAACAAUUCAUCGAAUUAAAGAGAAUAGCCUUUACACCAUAAUCACAUAAAGGAGUACAUCAUAAUGUUAAAAUUACUUUUUUAAAGUCCAAUUUGAUUAUUUGGGCAACAGGUGCAGUGUUAAAAGAUUGGAGCUUGUUAUUUUGUCGCACUAAAAUGUAAAGAAUUACAGCAAUUAACAUUUGGCUUGAGACGCUUAUGAACAAUGUAUAUACUGCACAACAGUAAGCAUUUGGUAGAUUCGUCACAACGCAACCAUUGUUCUGUACUUUUUAUAACGGCUUUUAGUUUUGAGAGGUUUUUCUUUUAAUGAGACAUUUUAAUACUGUUUAAUGAUUCAUUGUGUGGCCAGUAGUAAGCAACGACACUUAGUUUUAGCACCGCGCCAUGUUUUUAUGUCGUCUCGGUGUCGGUAACAAGCGUAGCAAAAGUUGUGAAAGAAAUUGUUUUAGGUUUUAAGAGCCUGUCCCGUAACGAAUAUAGCAAAUCACAAUUAAAUAAGUUUUUUUUUUAACUAUAUGAUAUAACUAUCGUUGUUUAGUACCAAUUCUGUGUUUGUGUACUUUUAUUAUACAUGUACUUUCAUUAGCUACAAUUGUAUGGCGUAAUUUUCAAUUUUCGUAUGACCUUCACUAUAUUUUUAAUUUCAAUAUCAGAUGUGGUCUUAAAGACGUUUAUUCAUGAUGUAUUUCUAUUACUAAAAAUCCACGCUUACCAGUUGUAUUUGAUAUCCUUUCAAGUUAUAUUACUUGAGAAAAGUCGAGAUGCGAAUGGCAGAUCUCAGCCGCUUUUCUAUGAUAACUCAGAAAAUUCCAUUUCCAAAAAACGAUCAGUAAUUUGUUUUGACAAUUUCAUGUUACUUUCAGUUAAAAAUUUUCAGUAAAAGAUCAAAUGUUUUUGCAAAGUUCAAAUUACGGUAUGCCCAUUUUGAAGCUUAUGUGAUUUUAAACGUAUUGAAUUUUUUUAAAAUUCUCAUUUGCAUCUGGACUCUGGGGUAAAGAGGUUUUCUUUAAGGACUAUGUGUUACAUGUUAUUAAAGAAUUAUUUUAAAGUCAGCUUUAAUAGUUCGGGCAGGGCUUCACUAUUUUCAUCUUAAGCAGCCAAAAGAAUGCACAUAGUCCCUAAGUCGUAUCCUACAAAAUAAUGCUUGAGCAUCUGAACGACACUAUUUAUAUUUAAUAAGUUGACGAUUGUAGUUUUAUCGCUGGUAGAUUUUGUUAGCUUGAGGCUUCAGAAUUUCAUAGCAACAAUGCAUAAACCAAACAUUUCUAACUAGCCUAAAAUAGGAUUUGUAUGUUAUCGUGGUGUUGCGUGCUUGCUGAUUGCAAGGACUAGGGAUUUUUUUCCCCAAUGACGUCAAGGAGUCAAGCUGGACAAGCCCGCCCACUAUUAUUGCUUUGUGUACAUUUUGAUGUGGCGUACGUGACAUCUGAUAGCAAUGAUCGGGGUUUUCCCCUUGACGUCCAUUGAGCCAAGCUCGGUGAUGCCAAGAAUAUUGCUCGUUACAAAGAUGGAACCAAUCGUAGUGUCCUCUUUUC